AUGGCCGCGUCCCCGCCUGCCGCAGCGCCGCCUCCCGCCAUGUCCGCCCUCCCCACCUUCGCCUCCUCCCACCCCUACCCCUACCCUUCCCUCCCCACCCCCAAAACCCUCAACUCCAAGCCGCGCCUCAAUUUCGCCCACGCCGGCGUCGCAGCAGCUCCCAACGCCGUUCCGCACCCCGCCGCCUCCAACGACCGCCUGCGAGGCCUCGUCCGCCGCGGGGAUCUGGAAGAAGCCCUCCUGUUAGUGGAGUCCAUGUCCGGCCUCAAACCCUCCGCCGCCGCGGGCCCCUGCGCCGCGCUCAUCAAGAAGCUCUGCGCGUCCGGCCGCACCGCGGAGGCCCGGCGCGUGCUGGCCGCCUGCGAGCCCGACGUCAUGACCUACAACGCCAUGCUCGCCGGGUACUGCGUCAUGGGGCAGCUCGAGGCCGCUCGCCGGCUCGUCGCUGACAUGCCCAUGGAACCCGACGCCUACACCUACAACACCCUUAUCCGCGGCCUGUGCGGCCGCGGCAGGACAGAGAACGCCCUUGCGGUGCUCGACGAUAUGCUCCGCCGAGGGUGUGUGCCCGACGUGGUCACCUACACCAUCCUGCUCGAGGCCACUUGCAAGAGGAGCGGGUACAAGCAGGCCAUGAAGCUUCUCGACGAGAUGCGCGACAAGGGCUGCGCCCCAGACAUCGUCACCUAUAACGUCGUCGUCAACGGCAUUUGCCAGGAAGGGCGAGUUGACGAUGCCAUCGAGUUCUUGAAGAGCCUGCCGUCCUAUGGAUGCGAGCCAAACACAGUGAGCUACAACAUUGUGUUGAAGGGCUUGUGUACUGCAGAGCGGUGGGAGGAUGCCGAGAAGCUCAUGGCUGAAAUGACCCACAAGGGUUGCCCUCCAAAUGUGGUAACAUUCAAUAUGCUCAUCAGUUUCUUGUGCCGCAGAGGAUUGGUUGAGCCUGCAAUGGAAGUUCUUGAUCAAAUUCCAAAGUAUGGGUGCACACCUAAUUCGUUAAGUUACAACCCGAUACUUCAUGCGUUCUGCAAGCAGAAGAAGAUGGAUAGAGCCAUGGGUUUUGUGGAACUAAUGGUGUCUAGGGGCUGUUACCCUGACAUCGUAUCAUACAACACGCUUCUUACUGCGCUGUGCCGCAGUGGGGAGGUUGAUGCCGCUGUUGAGUUGCUUCAUCAACUCAAGGGAAAAGGGUGCACUCCUGUCUUGAUCAGUUACAAUACGGUCAUGGAUGGCCUUACUAAAGCUGGCAAGACAGAGGAAGCUCUACAGCUGCUGAAUGAGAUGGUAACCAAUGGGCUCCAACCGGAUAUAAUCACUUAUUCCACAAUAUCUUCUGGUCUUUGUCGAGAAGAUAGAAUUGAUGAGGCAAUUAGAGCAUUUUGUAAAGUGCAAGAUAUGGGCAUAAGGCCCAACACGGUGCUGUACAAUGCCAUACUUCUUGGGCUUUGCAAAAGGCGCGAAACACACAAUGCUAUCGAUCUCUUUGCUUAUAUGAUAGCGAAUGGCUGCAUGCCAAAUGAAUCAACUUACACUAUACUCAUUGAAGGCUUGGCUUAUGAAGGCUUGGUCAAAGAGGCACGGGAAUUGUUGGAUCAGUUGUGCUCCAGAGGAGUUGUCAGCAAGAGUUUGAUAAAUAAGGGAGCUAUUAGGUUACUUGAUGAAACUACAGAUACUUAAAGAGGCUUAUCAGUAGGAAUAUGUUGAUCCAGGAAUAUUUUUGUGCAUCUUCGGUAGGAGGGAUACUUCAUUACACUUAAUGGUAUCUUAAUCGUAACUGCGUUCUUAUAAACAUGUGAGUGUGUUUCUCUAAUUUGUAGCGCACAGCCUUCUCCAGUUUUCAACUUGGUAGAAACUUGUACAUGGUUCUCUCUUCUUUAAUAUACCUGACACUAUUAUGCUGGAGUA